CAGGGGUGCUGUAAUAGAGAUGUGCACUGUUUUUGAGGAAGGCUUAGCACAGUUUAUCAAGUCACUAUCAAGCGAAGCUGCCAAGGACAUUGAACCUGAGUAGGCAGACGCGGUGUUGAAUGCAGACAAGCCAAAAACACGGUGGACCAGACGCAGAACAAAGGCAGCGGUGAAGGUACCUGUUGCAGAUGAGGAGGUUGCUCUUGCAGAUGAGGAAGUACCUAUUGCAGAUGACAAUGUUGUUGUUGCAGAUGAGGAGGUACCUGUUGCAGAUGACAAGGUUGCUAUUGUAGAUGAGGAGGUACCUGUUGCAGAUGUCAAGGUUCAGGGUGUACUCAGCAUUGCUGAAGAAGAAAUGGUGAUAUCGGUGCCUGAAAGCAAGGAAAAUAAGAGGAAAAUCAGUGAUGAAGUAUUUGACCAUGAGAGGGCAUGUAAGAAUGUAUGCAUUGAUGCUCAACAAGCAACUGAAGAAGGAAAUGUAUGUGAAAAGGACACAAUUACAAACAGGUCAGCUAGUUCACUGGAAAACAAGGAGCCAUAUCCUGAAAUGAGCCAUGAUUUGAGGUCACCGGUCGAUCCGUUGAAGUUGUUGCUUUGCUAUGGAUCAGGGUCGCAAUCUAGUGAUAGCACUGUCCAGAAUGCGUUGGUUACAUCUCAUCAUCAAGCUGAUGCUCCUUCUUCCAUCCUGAAGAAACAACUGGGUGGAAGAAAGAAAUAUGUAUCAUUUGCAACCGAUGCAAGAAAGGAAUGUGGCUCGCCUAUUGUGCAAACAAGUCCAGCUGUCAGGAGACCUCUCACAAGAUCGAUGUCACCUAAGAAGAAACCUUUUGUUCAAAAGGAAUGUGCUCCACUGAUGGAAAAUACAGAGAUGGAUGCAGAACCAACUAAACCAUAUCCCAGCAGCCGAAGACUGACACGUGUUGCUGUUGCGGAAGCAACGGAAGAAUGUAACAAAGGAGUUUUGCCUGUAAAAAAUCUUGUGGGCCUUCAGGUUAACAAUAGCAUGAUGCAUAAGCUUGAACCUGAUUUUCUGGCUGCAGAAAAUCAAAUUGAAACCGAACAACAAAGGAAGCUGAGAGAGCUAAUGGAUGAUUGCCCCAGCUUUGGUCUCGGAUUUGAUGAGACAACAACUAAAAGCACUGAAUGUACCACUAAAGAGAAGGAAAAAGUUGCAUCAAUGGAUGAAAUUGUUAUCAUUUCUAGCACUAAGGAUAGUGGAGACUCAUUGGACAAGAUUUAUGCUACAAUUGAAAUGCCUUCGACAGCAGCAUCCUCUGAGAAAUGUCUUACUUCUGAGAAAUGCCAUGAUCAAAAAAAGGCUGCCCCCAGUAGGUGCACUCCAGUUCCAAAACAGAGAAGAGUUGUCAAGCUAGGACCUCAACAGAAGCCCCCAUUUGUCAUAAACCUUAAAAAGCCUUCUGUCCCAAAGUCAGACACUGAAAUUUAUAAUAAAGUAUGCACAUAUGGUGGGAGAUCUAAACAUUCAUUGAACGAUGAGACAAUCAUUGACAAUGGCGAUUUCUUCAUCAACCUACGUGACUUGGCAAACUCUGUCAAGCCAGGGGGCUGGAUAAGUAACUCAACAUGUGAGAUUGCUCUUCGUGUGCUAUCUACAGAGAUGGCCAAUGAGAAAAAAUGUGUUAUGCCACUUAGAAUUGCGACCAAACUUAGGUCUGCCACCUUCAUAGUGGAUAGAACUGUGCGGAAAGCAUUCGAAUGCUCACCUACUAACCGCCUAGAUCACAAGGAUCUGAUACUGUUUUCAGUGCUACAAGAUCUAACACCUGAUAGCAAAGAUAUGAUUGGGCACUACUACCUCAUUGUGCUGAACCUAAAGGCGGGGAGGUUUGAAGUGAUGGACUCUCUAAGGGCUGAGGGGAACCAUGGAUUAAUGGCAGAUGCAAGAACUAUCAUUGGAUCUAUCAAGCACUUAUGGUCAGCAAACUACAACCAGUCGAAGAUCAAUAUUUCUAGAUAUCGAACUGUUUACAUACCUACUCCAAUGCAAGCAACGCCGGAUGACUGUGGAUACUUUGUUCUCAAGUUCAUCGAGAGUUGGAAUGGCAUAAGGAUGCUCCCAUUCAACCCAUCUGACAUGCCCAUGCUAAGGAAACUUUACCUCAAGAAAUGGGUUGAUCAUGUAAACAACAAGAUCGACUGGCAGGAACUCUUGCUCUAGGUAGGUAGAAGCUAGUUCAAAAUACAGAAAGUGAUUUAAGUUUU